AUGGAGACUGAAGCAUACAUCUUGAUGGAUGAAGCUCAUAGUAGAAGUAACAUUGUGGGCAGAACUGAACCAGAGAUUGAGGUUGGCUUUCCUAACAUCUGUUAUUGUGGUGGGCAGCCUCUACUUCAGACCUCAUACACCAGAAAUGAUCCGGGGAGAAAGUACUUCACUUGUGAGAAUGUAUCAGAUGGAGAUAUGCAUAUCCAUAAAUGGUGGGAUGUGGCAGUGAUGGAAGAGAUUAGAGAAAGGGCCAGAGUUUAUGAAGUGGACCUUAAAGAGCACAGAGAACAAGAGAGUAUAACUGAAGAGAAGAUUGUUAAGCUUGAGAAGCUUGUAGCUGAGUUGCAGAAGAGUAAGCUUGAUGAGGGAUAUGAGUUGCUUAUUGGUGGUGGCACCAUAACUGUAUUCGUCUUGUUUCUGUCAAUACUUCUGUAUUGUAGGUCAGAUUAUGUUUGAGAAAAUAUCAUGUAAUAGAAAUGGUUGGUUGGUUAUUCGGAUGA